UUAGGCAGUUACACCCCAUCUCCGGGUGGCCCUUUCUCUGCUUUUGACACCAAGCAUGUGGCCACAGGACAUACUUGCAAAAUACACACAGAAGGAGCAGUCUGUAGAGCAGCCAGAGUUCCGCUAUGAUGAGUUUGGAUUCAGAGUGGAUAAAGAAGAUGGUGCAGAACCUAAUUCAAGUAAGCUAUUGGGUAUCCCACUGACAGAAGACCCCCAGCAGAGGCUGAAGUGGCAGGCCCACCUAGAGUUUACCCACAACCAUGAUGUAGGGGACCUAACGUGGGAUAAGAUAGAUGUGACACUCCCUCAUUGUGACAAACUGCGCUCGCUUGUACUAGCUGGAAUUCCUCACAGUAUGAGACCACAGCUUUGGAUGAGACUCUCGGGUGCACUGCAGAAAAAGAGGAAUUCGGAGAUGACCUACAGAGACAUUGUACGGAACAGCUCGAAUGAUGAGACUCUAGCAGCUAAACAGAUUGAAAAGGACCUGCUUAGAACGAUGCCCAGCAAUGCCUGUUUCUCCAAUCUGCAAAGUGUGGGGGUGCCUCGUCUCAGAAGGGUGCUGCGUGGACUGGCAUGGUUGUACCCAGAUAUUGGGUAUUGCCAAGGCACUGGCAUGGUGGCUGCAUGCUUGCUGCUCUUUAUGGAGGAGGAAGAUGCUUUCUGGAUGAUGUGUGCGGUUAUAGAAGAUCUGGUGCCUGCAUCCUAUUUCAGCACCACUCUGCUAGGUGUUCAGACAGACCAGAGAGUACUGAGACACCUCAUUGUUCAAUAUCUCCCUCGGCUGGAUAAGCUUUUGCAGGAACAUGAUAUUGAGCUGUCCCUCAUCACUUUGCACUGGUUCCUCACCGCAUUUGCCAGUGUAGUGCACAUAAAACUGCUGUUACGGAUCUGGGAUUUAUUCUUCUACCAGGGCUCUCUGGUUCUGUUCCAGACCACUUUGGGAAUGCUGAAAAUUAAGGAAGAAGAGCUCAUCCAAUCUGAAAACUCUGCCUCAAUCUUUAACACUCUAUCAGACAUUCCAUCCCAAAUAGAAGAGCCAGAUGUAUUACUACGAGAGGCCAUGAUGAUUGCAGGAACACUUACAGAAGUCAUGAUUGAAGCCCAGCGACGCAAACAUCUAGCUUAUCUCAUUGCAGACCAGGGUCAACUGCUCAACUCCACUGCUGCUGUCACCAACCUUUCCAAAAUCAUGAGAAGACAGAGUCAGAGAAGGAAGUCUGGCAUCACAACGCUUUUGUUUGGUGAUGAUGACUUUGAAGCACUAAAAGCCAAGAAUAUCAAGCAGACCGCAUUGGUUGCAGAUCUGCGGGAAGCCAUCCUGCAAGUUGCACGUCACUUCCAAUGCAGUGACCCUAAAAACUGCAACAUUGACCUGACACCUGACUACUCUAUGGAAAGCCAUCAGAGAGAUCACGAGAAUUAUGUGUCAUGCUCCCGAAGCAGGCGUCGCAGAGCUAAGGCACUCUUGGACUUUGAGCGCCAUGAUGAUGAUGAACUUGGCUUUCGCAAAAAUGACAUCAUCACGAUUAUUUCCCAGAAGGAUGAACACUGCUGGGUUGGAGAACUGAAUGGACUAAGGGGCUGGUUUCCCGCAAAAUUUGUGGAAAUUCUUGAUGAAAGAAGUAAAGAGUACUCAAUUGCUGGGGACGACUCUGUGACUGAAGGGAUCACAGAUUUGGUUCGGGGAACAUUAUGCCCAAGUAUUAAGGCAAUCUUUGAACAUGGACUCAAGAAGCCCUCUUUGUUAGGUGGGCCAUGUCAUCCCUGGCUCUUUAUAGAAGAGGCUGCCAGCCGGGAAGUAGAAAGAGAUUUUGACUCUGUGUAUUCUCGCCUCGUUCUCUGCAAGACUUACAGGUUAGACGAAGAUGGCAAAGUAUUAACUCCAGAAGAGUUACUAUACCGAGGGGUACAAUCUGUAAAUGUGAGUCAUGAUACAGCUCAUGCACAGAUGGAUGUUAAAUUACGCUCUCUUAUUUGUAUUGGACUAAAGUAA